CAUACGUUUCAGCAUAAUGUACGCAUACACAAGCCUCUGUGUUACUUCAUCAGAACUCUUAUCGAACGCCCAAAGCUAGCCCUCCUCGUCAAAGAUAUUGAGAUUCUUGCCUGGAGAGAAUACGACUCUGACAAGUGGAGUAUUAACAGGAUGGAUCCCAAAGAAGUUCGCUCUAUCCGCUCAGCAAUGGCAACCAAGGCCGCCGAUUUUCGCUUUCACAAACAGUCAAACUAUUGGGAGAUUGCCCUUUCCUUGGGUGUUGAUCACGCAGCGGUUGCCCUGUUAUUCUUCAUAACCCCAAACGUCGAGAACGCUAAUUUGCACCACUUCAUAUGCUCCAACGACUUCUGGUUCAUUCAAUUGCUGACGGCUGCGUACAAAGACCCAGACCCGGACUUCAAAUUCCAAGGACUUCCACGUCUCAAAGAGCUUACACUACAAGCGGGAUCUCGAGAAGGCGCACGCGGCCUGGCGCCCUUCUUCCUCUUCCCCGCGCUCUCUAGGCUUGAAGUGAACAAGGCGUCAGAUAUGUACAUUCACCAGGAAGACUGGCAACCAUAUACGUCGAACAUUGAUACGCUUAUCUUGAACGAAUGCAACCUCAGCGUGGAGAUUACCGAGGCAAUUGUUCUCUCUUGCAAGGCUCUCAAGACCUUUGAGUGGUACACAGAACCGGGGAAAACCGUACGAAACCUAGUAACAGAUCGACGUUUCCAAGUCAUUUCUUCUGCUCUUUUGAAUCACUCCACGUCCCUAGAAAAGCUAGUCAUCCCAUCUCUUCCGGCCUUUAAGCUUAUACCAGACAAGUACCCUGCACUACGCGACCUCCGCUUAUUCCUACGACUGAAGAUAUUGCGCGUUGCUCUAGACACAAUCGUCGGACGCUUUGGCAGCGACUCGGACCCGGAGCUGUCCCUAGCGAACGCUUUGCCUCCCAACUUAGAACAGUUGGAACUGCAGUUUGUCUGGGGUUAUUGUGACGACGCGGGCAUCGCACCCUCUUCCCUCACUGAGGCUAAUCGGAAGCUUUUGUACACACUUUCAGCAUUUGCAGGGGAAGCGUACCGCUUUCCACACAUGAAAGUAUUGCGUUUGUGCGGACGGCCGAAAUCGCUCCACCAUUGUGAUGAGAUUGCGAGCAUGUUCAAGCAGUUGGGGGUCUCCGUGAGUAUGGAGCAGUGGCCCAGCAGGAAUGAAAUUCCACUCACAGAUAACGACGAGUUUGCAUUUGAGUAGAGAAUCGAGCUGGA